AACAAACAAACAGCUGAUGAAAAUUUUCCUUCUUUUUUCCACUUUUUCUAAUUUAUCUCAUUUUAUAAAGAAAAAUAAAUAUUUCCACAACUCUACUCGAUGAGAAAGUCAAGUAAACUAAACUGAGAAAGUGAAAUUAUUUGCAGCAAUGAGAUUAAAUUACAUUUUAAGUGAAUUCAAGAAGAACUGGUUGAUUGCGUCAAUUGGAAUUGCUUUGUAUGUGUUCGGUUUCAUAAUUUUAAACAUAAAUGAAGGUCGAGCAUUUAAUCACAGUCGAGCAUUGGAAGAAGCUCUACAGAAAGCAGUUUCAUUUAAAGAAGCUGAUUAUCAAAGACAAAAUGGAAAGUCGGAAAAUUACGAAGGCAAACUAAUUCAUGUGUCAGGAUAUGUUAGAGUGCAAGAGCCAAUUGCUGAUGCAACUUACAACAUUCUCGUUCAAGCUGUGAAGUUGAGAAAGAUUGUUCAAAUGUAUCAAUGGCAUGAAGAUUACACAGAGAAUAAAUUUGCUGAAGGCGAUGAAACAGCAAGAAAUUAUUUUUAUUAUAAAGAUUGGAGUGAAAAUGUUGUCGACUCACGAAGCUUCCAUUCAUUAGGCCAUCAAAAUCCCAGACAACUUCCAAUGCAAAGCAGGAUGAUGAUUGCUGACAAAACUUACAUUGGUAACUUCGAAAUUGGCGAGUCAGCAAAGGAAUUAUUCACUGGUUGGAUUGAUGUUACAUCUGACACAAGGCCUGAAGAUCCUUACAUUAAGAUGCACUUAGGUUGGUACUUUCACGUCGACGAUCUCUACGAUCCUUUAGUUGGCGACACUCGAGUGAAAUUCCAAUUUGCUGGCUUACAAGGCUCAGUCUACACAAUUGUCGGGAAGCUGGUGAAUGGAAAGAUUGAACCAUACAAAAGUAACUUGAAGAAGAAAAUUAUUCUGCUUUCAAAAGGUGAAUUGACAAUUGAAGAAAUCUUCAAAGAAGAACAUUAUGCGGUUCGUAAGAAGACUUGGAUCAUUAGACUUUUCGGCUUUGUUUUGAUCUUCUUCGGUGUCAUUUCAACAUCGAGUCUGUUGCGAGUUUUUAAUCGUUCGAGACUUUCCUUUCUCUCACCAAAUCCAUCUUGUCAACUUCGAAGUAAUAUACAAAUUGCUGGAAUAUUUACAAUAACAAUUUGUAUUCUGCGGCAAAGUCUUCAUUAUUUAGGAAUCAUGACUUAAAUCGAUACUAGUUGAAUUAAAAUAGAAGAAUAAAACCUUUUUUAAGACAAAA